UCACCGCCUGCUCCCGACACAAGCAUUUCACAGCAUCGCGACCGGGGGGGGACAAACAUGACACACGUUUGAUUCCUAAAAGCAGAAUAAGAAGGAAAAAGACACGCUAGGAAAGUCGUGUUUUACCCCCAAGUUGGAUUUCUAAAUACGCUACAACUUUGUGUUGCUGCGAUGAGAGCUUAAAUUGUUCCACAGCUGCUUCAGUUUGAGAGAAGACGAGAAAAUAUCUCAAGAGAAUCUUGAGAAGCUCACCAAUCCCCCAAAACUGAUCAGUAUGACGUCUACCGAGGAGCCGUCUGGUACGGUCUUGCACCGACUCAUCCAGGAGCAACUUCGCUAUGGAAACCCCACAGACACCCGCACCUUACUAGCCAUCCAGCAGCAGGCCCUGCGUGGCGGCAGCGGGAGCAACAGCGGGCCAAGCAGCGGGGGCGACAUGGGCAGGAGCCCCAGAUCGUCACUCGAGAGUCUCACCCAGGAGGAGCCUUCCUUCCUCCAGCUUUCGGCCAGGCAGGAGCCCCAGGGCCAGGAGCACCAGGGCGACUACCAUCACUCGGAAAGUGGCUACCAACUGUUCCAGCUCCACGGUGAGGAGCUCCCCACUUACGAGCAGGCUAAAGCGCACUCUCAGUAUCUGGCCUCUCACUGGGCACCCCCAAGCCCCAACAGGCAGCCCCAUGAGGGGAUGCUCUUGCAUGAAGGGGCCUUCCAUGAGGAGGUGGAUGAGAUGGAGCGGAAGUGUGCCCAUGCACGCUCACUCAGUGAGCAUCGCUUGCAAAUAUCAUUGGAGAGGAGUGACGCGGUCGUCAAGGCGGAGGCCAUCAAAAGCACCUCUCACAGCUACCCCGAGCUAGCAUACUACACCCACCAGGGGCCCCAGAGCACGCGGCAAAGCCAGGAGAAACGCAACCCACCACCCGAGUACUCGGCCCCCAUCCAGGGACAAGGAUUUAUCCCACACCAGACUCAGGAAUCAGUGCAGCCCCAGCAGCACAGGUAUAUCCAGUCUGGGCCUCCAAGUGACAUCUGCUACAACACAUUCCCUAGCCUGCCCUCUGCUGGCCUGGAGGAGCCCAAUCAAGUAGAAUUGCUGCUGAUGGAGAAUGAGAGGCUGAGGCAAGAGCUUGAAGUUCAACGAGAGAAGACCAAUCGCAUUGAGAAGUUGGAGCAGGAAAUCCAGCGUAUUUCCGAGGCCUACGAGAAACUGAUGCAGGGUAGCAGCAAAAGAGAGAAUCUGGAGCAGACCCUAAGGAGGAGGCUGGUGGCUGAGAUCCGCAGGCUGCAGGAUUUCAACAGAGACCUUAAGGAAAACUUGGAAAAUGCUCGAACGCAUGCGGCUAAGGAAGUGCAGGUGGCCGACCACAACCAGCACAUCAUGGCUAAGCUCCUGGAGCAAAACGAGGAGCAGAAUGUCGAGCGGGAGCGCAUUGAGCGGGAAGUGGAGCGCCUGAAGACUACAGCGGAGGAGCAGAGCCUUCGUGCAAAGAGGCUGGAGGAAGCCCUGGAGGCAGCUCGAGGACACGGGCGUCAUCUAGAGGAGGAGUUGAGGCGGAAGAGGGCCUACGUGGAGAAGGUAGAGAGGCUCCAGAGCGCCUUGGCUCAGCUGCAGUCCACCUGCGAGAAGCGCGAGAGUCUGGAGAUGAAGCUGAGGACGCGGCUAGAGCAGGAGCUCAGGAGUUUGAGGGCGCAACAGCGACAGUCUCAACCUCCUGGAGUUACCAUGGGCUCCUUGCAAGAGCGCCUCCGCGAGCGCGAGGAACGUAUCCUGGCACUAGAGGCCGACAUGGUACGCUGGGAGCAGAAGUACCUGGAGGAGAGCACCAUGAGGCAGUUUGCCAUGGAGGUGGCCGCCACAGCUGCCGCCCAGAGAGACACCACCAUCAUCAACCACUCACCCUGCCACUCCUCUAACAACAGCUUCAAUGAGGACCUGCCAGUUGCAGACUUCCGGAACCAGGAAAUGGAGAACAGGAUCCGUGCCCUGUAUGCCCAAAUCUUGGAAAAGGAUGCCGUGAUCAAGAUCCUCACUCAGCGGCUCCACCAGAGAAAGGAUGAGCAGAUCCCCCGCACUAACUUGUUGAGUGCAGUGGGGGCCCCUCUGCGCCUGGCCUCCUCCACACCCUCCAUCUUCACCGCAAAGAGCAGCACCAAGAGUCGAGGUAAGAGCCUUUCCGAUGAUCAGACGUUGCCGAGCCACCAGUUUUCUGCUCAGUCUGAACUCGGAACGCUGAAGCAUCAGACGGAGGAAAGCCAAGGCAAAGAGGCCUCCGGUGUAACUAAGCUCAACAACGACAAGCUAACGCCAAAGAAGUUGCUAUUGAACCCCUUCAGAGGUCUGGAAGAGUUGGAAUCGGAAGCAGUGGAGAUCUUUAUUUAACACAAAAAAAAAACUGAAUGGCUGAAAAGGAAUUCCCAAAAUGUGUGAAAGGUAAUGGAUGUGAGAGGCCAGAAUGUAGUGGGAGGAAGCCGAAACAUGGCGGAAAAAGGACAGUUUUUCCUUUCUUUUUUUGGAGAAAGAGCUGUGCUCUGACUCGCUUACAAAGCUGGAGUGCUGCAGGCCGUCAGCCCAGCUUGGAGAGAAACAAGUGGACUCUUCCCGGGUACCUGGACAGUAUUUUGGAUGUGACUGGCGAGUAACGUAUUUAUAAGACAUACUGUAUAAAUUGAUGUAAUUGCUGCUUCCCCUUUCUUUAUGACCUACUUCCCAGUGAAUUACAAAGCUGCAUAUUUAUCAUACAGUGGCUUUCACAUAAGCCCAUAUAUUAACUUAAGCCUUGUGCAGAUCCUGUUAAUAUUCAGCGCCCCUCCUCUCCAACAAAAUGUAGAUGUUAACCUGAGUAACCUCAUUUCCAGCGUGUUCGGAAUACGUCCCGUUGCUCACUAAUUUAUAACACAUGAAAACACUGUUGAAUGGCGUGCUCUCGGUGCCCUUGCAGCUGGCUCUGCCAUGGCCAAGAGGAACGUGAGCAGAUGACUUUUAUUGUACAAGUGGUUUCUAUUUGCCAAACUGACACAGACCUGAUGUUUGUACAUUUGUAGGGGGAGAGGUGUCGCAUUAUGGUUGAUUUCAUCAUCUUCUGUUGUUCCAUAGCUGACUUGUGUGUGUUUGUAUGUGUGGUUGAGAGUGUCUUCUCCUCCAAUGGCAUUUCUGCUGGUUCGGACGCCAUUGCGGAGUUUAAAACGACAAUGUUUGUUUUGUGUUUACUGUGAGCUUUGAACUAACAAACAGGUUAAUUAUUGUUAUUAAAUCUAUUUUUUAUUCAGAGAUAUGUAUUACUAUUGUAGAUAAUAUAGUGCUUUGAGCAGGAUGCCAAAGAGUUUAUUGUACGUUUUGAUCUAAGUUAUGUGCCGACAAUCACGGUCAAGUCAAGCUGUACACAACCAACCGACUUCCGCCAGUCAUUUCUGUGAACUUCAAAACAGUAUGAAGGUUUUUACAGUUGAAUUUCACAUCGACAUUUCAUUAAGCAAUAAAACAUUCAAAUUUA